AUGGCAGGUCGAAGACAAGAAAACAGUUCUGACUUCACAGUAGAACACUCUGUCCUACGUGGCAGUUUCAGAACUUGGACACCUGAAAAGAAAGAUUGUGCUAAAGCGAGUUGCUCAGCUCUUGAAGUCCCAGAUUUCAGUAAUGCUUUGAAGCAGUUUCAGCAGCUUGUGGAAAAAACAGUAACCCAGAAGAAAAAGGAAAGAUUAGGCUUGCUUAUUGAUGAUGAUAAGAUAGACUAUGAUAAAUUCUAUGCAACCACACAGGCACUUUUUGGUCCAGAAGUCAAGGAUCAUAAUGUCAAGGUCUUUUUCAGGAAGAUUACCAACAAUCUUGAUGCAAGCAUAGAAUGGUGCGAGAUUUUUGGCUGUUACACAGAAGAAAGUGGUAGUGUGGCUCCCCAGCAGAAAGAAGAAAACAGUGUUUUUCUUGUAUCUGAAAAACAGCAGCUUCCUCAUGCAGUUGUCAAGAGACAAGAUUUCAUUAAGGGUAUAGUGAAAGUGCCCCAUCUGGAUUACACAGUAACAUGCUCUGAGAAGGGAAUAUUAACUGUUCUCAAUAAACAGAUGCAGGUUCUGGCAACAACCAUUGUUGAAGAUACUGCUUGGAUCACUGGAUGUGAUUUCCUGUCUCAGCUGAAAUGUGUCGUGGCUGUAACUGAAAGGACAAUCAUUGUGUGGGACUAUAAAUCAAAAGUGAGUCUGGAUAAUUGCUCUGUCAUCAAACCAAUACAAAAUUGUCUGCUCUGUGUUUGCACUGUGACUACGUCCAACCACCCUGAUAAGGAUCAUAUCCUAAUGGGAGAUGAUAAGGGUUGUGUUCAUCUGCUCACUCUGACCUGUGAUGACUUUGCAUCACAGCAACAUAAAUUCAAAAAAGAAUCACAGUUUCAGGUCCUGGACCCCAAAACAUUAAACAUUGCUAAACGCAAGCUACAUGAUGACUGGGUUGUGAAAGUUAAGUAUAUUUCUGGCCUGGGCUGUUUUGGAUCCUGCUCCUCUGACAGAAUUCAUUCAUUUGUUUUGGAUGAUAUACAGCGACUAAAGGACCACUUACCUGUAAGGGAAUUUUCUGUCCCUAAAGGGGUUAAUGCCUUCACAUACUGUGGAAAAGCGAAAACCAUUGUCACUGGGGGUCACGACAAACUUCUUCGUUUGUGGAAUCCAGUUAUUAAUAGUAAGCCUAUAGGGAAGCUAUCAGGACACCAACAUAGUGUAGUGGAAAUUGUAACAAAUGAAAAAGACCAACAUGUUAUCAGCCUUUCCACUGCAAAGAUUUUUAGAGUGUGGGAUAUACAGACCCUUUCACUACUGCAGGUCUUCUAUGAUAAUCAAGGGACUCCUGGAGAGUUGGAGACCAUUGCCAUGGUAUUUGACAAUGAUCAUGGCACACUUAUCACUGGUUCAGAUGUCAUUGAAAUUUAUCCCCUAACUCAUAUGAUACAAGAUACGAGACAAAUACCACAGACACAUGAAAAAAACAUCAGUGUUCUGGUUUAUAACCGAGCUUUUCAACAAGUUCUCACUAUCUGCUCUAAGUCAAUAUUGAAGGUCUGGGACUUAGAAACAGGAUAUCAAAUAUAUCAGAUAGAAGAUGCACAUGGGAAUACUGAAGUGACCUGUGCAGCCAUUGAUAUAAAUGGUUUUUAUCUUGCUACUGGGGCAUAUGACGGAACAGUGAAAAUUUGGGAGUUUGAAAGUGCACAGGAAGUUAAAGCAUUGCCUCUGGCCCAGCACAGCAAAGAUGAAUGUUGUCUGCUGAAGAUAGCUUAUCUGAAGGCUAAAGAGAGUCAACAUGCACUUCUUGUUUUGGAGAAGAGUGGCAAGAUGAAAAUUAUUCAGGGUAACUCAGAUCAAGCACAUCUAUAUGUCACAUGGAUGCUUCCUGAAGCAGUGUCAUUUCCACAAGGGAAUCCAGUUGUUUUGCUGUCACUGGAGCCUGACACUUUAGAAACAGCUGGUUUGUUUCCAGAUGUUCAGCUGCGUUCUGACACCAGUCCUCUGAGGAGUGAUACAGAGAAUUUGGAAUCUUCUGUGGAAAUGAAGUGUUUUGAUGUUUUAAAAGUAGAAGGAUGGAGUUUGAUAGCUACAGGAAGUACAAGUGGUGCAAUAAAUUUGUGGAAUUUUGGAUCUGCCUCUGUGAGAUGCCUAUCUAGAAAUGAAGAAGGCAGCCAGGAUUCUGUUCUUCAAGCAUCUGGAGUCAAUGCCAUGUUAUUCCUUGUACGUAGUUCUUCCUCUUCCAGGGAAAAAAGGUUUCAGCCCUCUGUUACUGCUGCUGUGAGGAACAGUACCAGUGUCACUCCAGAGUACAAGAGCAAUUCUUUGGACCAUCAUAUGUUAUGUAAUUUCUGUGCAUCCAAAAGCAGUACUAAAAUUGUUGAGAAAACUUAUGAUCAUUUGUGUUCCAAAGCAGGAGUCACAAGUAGGUAUAAGAAUACCCAAUACUUGAAGACAAAGGCACAGUUAUCCAAACAUGUAGCAGGACACUCACCACUAUUGGCUUCUGCUCAUGAAGAUGGCUGUAUCUGCAUAUGGAGUAUUCAGGGAAAUUUACUGAAAGAACUCCUGCCAUUUUCAAAAUAUGAUUCAGUUCCUGUGACAGCAUUAUGUACAGACAUCUCCACUGAAAUGCUUUUGGCAGGCAAUAAGGAGGGAGAUAUUAUGUGCUGGAGCAUUGCCUCAUUCUUAGAAGAUCCACAAAAUAGUAAAAAACAAAUCAAGGAGGAGCUCUGCUGGACAGCACAUGCUAAUGAAGUGGUUGGCUUAUUUUAUGAAGAGGAGAAAAAUGUGGUAGUGACAGCAUCCACUGAUGGUUCAGUCAGGCUCUGGCAUGCCAAGCAAGGAAACUAUCUUGGUUACUUCGGACAAUCUAGGAAAUUUGAAUUAUCAGACAUCAGUCGGAUGAUUUUGCCUUGUGAUGUUCAUGAGUUUCCUACAGUAAUGAAAGAGGAAAGUAAACGGAUGGAGAUGAAGAAGCUUGACUAUCCUCUAAUUCUGGACAGGGACAAGUGGAAGUCACUGACCAGAUCACCUUCAGUUUUAAAAAAGCCUGAACAUACAGAUGUAGUUCCAGACAUGAAGUUUUUCAAAUCUCUGGCUUCUCCAAAGAUGUAUAGAAAACCCUUGGAAACUUACGUGUCUGGAAACAGAGAGGCUGGUGCAGCAUUUGGGUUUCUUCCUCUCUAUGAGUUAGACCUUAAGUAUUUCACUGUGGUUGAAAGGUGA